AUGGUGCGUAAAACCACCCAAACUACCUGCCCGGUUUCGGUCCUAGGCUGCUCUAUUGUCUGCUGGGCUGCCCGCAUGUCGCCUGCCUCCGGAGCGCAGGUCAUUACCAACUCGGGCCAUGAUGACAUGAUUCAUGAUGCAGUCCUCGAUUACUACGGCCGGAGGUUAGCAACUUGUUCGUCCGACCGGACCAUCAAGAUCUUCGAGAUCGACGGCGACUCGCAACGGCUUACCGAGACGCUGAAGGGGCACGAUGGGGCAGUUUGGUGCGUAUCGUGGGCGCAUCCCAAGUAUGGCAACAUCCUGGCGAGCGCCGGCUACGAUGGCAAGGUAUUCAUCUGGCGCGAGUUGAAUGGCGCGUGGUCGCGCAUCUAUGACUUCGCCCUGCACAAGGCUAGUGUCAAUGUGGUGUCGUGGGCUCCCCACGAGGCCGGUUGCCUGCUGGCCUGCGCUUCGUCCGACGGCAGUGUUAGCGUGCUCGAGUUCAAGGACAACAGCACUUGGGACUACGUCAUCUUCCCUGCCCACGGCCUGGGCGUUAAUUCGGUCUCGUGGGCGCCCGCCACCAGCCCGGGCAGCAUCGUCAGCAGCAAGCCGGGCCCCAAGGCGACAGGCAACCGCCGGUUCGUGACGGGCGGCUCCGACAACACUCUCAAGAUCUGGGCCUACGACCCGGCUACCAACACCUACAAGAUGGAGCGCGAGCCGCUGACUGGCCACACUGACUGGGUGCGUGAUGUUGCUUGGAGCCCGACGGUGCUGCAGAAGAGUUACAUUGCGAGCGCCUCGCAGGACGGCACGGUUCGCAUUUGGACCAGCGACCCGGCCAACCCUCUGGCUUGGAAUUGCAAGGUCCUCCACUUCGACUCAGCCCUCUGGCGUGUCAGCUGGUCGCUCAGCGGCAACGUGCUGGCUGUCAGCGGGAGCGACAACAAGGUCACUCUCUGGAAGGAGAAUCUCAAGGGCGAGUGGGAGUGCGUCAAGACGAUCGAGGAGUGA